AUGGGAUCCAAAAGUCCGGAAAACGAGCAUCGCCGACAUGACGGCGACUCACCCAACUCCGAUGGAGCUUCUCGCCGGGUCGGAGGUGAGCCUCGGGGCUGCCAUACGUCCAGGGAUGGAGAUGGCUGUUUGGGAGACGCGGGGGGCGAAGAUGAAAGCGACGACGACGACGAUGACGACGACAACAACGGAGAAACAAGCCUGGCCCCGCUAGGGACUCCUUCGUCAAAUGAAGCUAUACCACCGAAGCAACGGAAGAAGUCCAAAAAGAAGAAGAAGAAGACCAAAAAGACGGCUUCUCUACCCCGAACGCAAUCGUCGCCCCCGAGAAUCCCACUGGGCGACCUCUUCCCGUCAGGCGACUACCCCGAAGGGGAACUGCAAAGCUACACAAAGGCACCCCCAGCGGCAGUCGAAGCACGCCACGACGCUCGUCGGCGGCACUGGGACGACGACGACGACUUCCUCCGCAGCUACCGCAAGGCCGCCGAAGUGCACCGCCAAACCCGCCGAUGGGUGCAAGAGACGGUCAAGCCGGGCCACACGCUCCACGAAAUCGCCGAGGGCAUCGAGGAUGGCGUCAGGGCGCUGCUGGGCCAUGCGGGCCUGGAACCGGGGGACAGCCUCAAGGCCGGCAUGGGCUUCCCCACGGGCCUGUGCCUCAACCACCAAGUCGCGCACUACACGCCGAACCCGGGCCAGAAGGCGGUCGUGCUGAGGCAGCAGGACGUCAUGAAAGUCGACUUUGGCGUCCACGUGAAUGGCUGGAUUGUCGAUAGCGCGUUUACCAUGGCGUUCGACCCCACGUAUGACAACCUCCUCGCUGCUGUCCGGGAUGCCACCAACACGGGGGUCAAGGUGAGUCGACCGCUGGUGGUGAGCGCGGCCAUUCAGGAAGCGAUGGAGAGCUACGAGGUCGAAAUAGGUGGGAAGACGUUCCCCGUCAAGCCGGUGCGGAAUCUCUCUGCCCAUGAUAUCAAGCAGUACCGUAUUCACGGCGGGAAGUCCAUACCGUUUGUCAAAAACUCGGACCAGACCAAGAUGGAGGAGGGCGAAGUGUUCGCCAUUGAGACGUUUGGCACGACGGGACGAGGCUAUAUACGCGAUGAUGUGGGCAUCUACGGCUACGGGUUGAACCACGACGCGCCACUGGCAGGGUCUUUACCCCUGGCCUCAGCCAAGCGUCUUCACAAGACCAUCAGAGAGAACUUCGGCACCUUGGUCUUCUGCCGUCGUUAUCUUGACCGACUUGGCAUGGAGAGGUAUCUGGCCGGUAUGAACUGUCUCAUCUCCAACGGGAUUGUGGAACCUUAUGAACCCCUGGCGGACAUUCCGGGGUCGUACUCGGCGCAGUUUGAACAUACUCUACUCUUACGCGAGACGCACAAGGAAGUCUUGAGCCGCGGAGACGACUACUAA